AUAAAAUAAUUUUUAGCGCGCUCCUGGCAGGCAGCAUCCCCGAGCUUGGACUCCUAGGUUUAGUACCAGAGCGUCAGAACUAAUUUACUGAGUUUCCACUUGAAGCUUACUGGCAUAUCUUGCAAGUGGAGAAAAAAAGCUGCUCCAUAUCAAAGAUGAGCUUCAGAUCUAUCGAGCAAUUACUUAGAAGGAACAGCAAGAUCAAAAUUGAUCAGAACGUUGCUAAUGGGAUUCAUGACCAGAAGGAAGAGCAGUCUGUGCAAUCCUUGAGGGAAUCACUUCUUGCAAGCAACCAGCUCCCAGAGAAGUUUGAUGAUUAUCAUGUCCUACUACGCUUUCUGAGAAUGCGAGGAUUUAAUGUAUUAAAGGCAAAAGAGAUGUUCUUGAAUAUGCUGAAAUGGCGUCAAGAUUGUGCUAUUGAUGCCAUUGCAAAGGAUUUUAAAUUUGAGGAGUAUGAUGCAUUAAAACGAUGCUAUCCUCAUGGAUUUCAUGGAGUUGACAGAUUUGGAAGGCCACUAUACAUUGAACGGAUUGGCUCAGUGGAUCUUAAUAAGUUCAUGCAAGUGACUAGUAUUGAUCGAUAUAUAAAAUAUCAUAUAUCAGAACAAGAGAAAACUUUAUCUUUCAGAUAUCCUGCUUGCUCUCUUGCCACAAACAAGCACAUAUCCUCUACAACAGCCAUAUUAGAUGUGAAAGGAUUGGGCAUGAACAACUUUUCAAAAGCCGCACGAGAGAUGUUCAUAGAAAUUCAGAAGAUUGACAGCAACUACUAUCCAGAGACAUUACAUCAACUUUACAUAAUCAAUGCUGGAUCUGGAUUUAGAGCAUUGUGGAAAGUACUAAAAGCAUUUAUGGAGGCAAGAACUUUAAAAAAGAUUCAGGUAUUGGGGGCCAACUACCUUAGCCCAGUACUAGAAGCUGUUGAGCCAAGCAAUUUACCUGACUUUCUGGGUGGAACAUGUACUUGCUCUGCCACUGGAGGGUGCUUGCUCCAAGAUAAAGGACCUUGGACUGAUGCGGGGACUAUUCGUUCUUCCAAGGAGCCUUCAGCAAGACUUGUAGAUCCCACUCGUGGUAGGAAACGUACUCUUGGCAUGUUGUUGUUAGAGGAUAACCAGGUUGCUAAUGAGAUCAGGGAAAAUAUUCAGCUAAAACAAGCCAACGAACAGAUCUCAGGGAAGAUACAAGAACUUGAAGAUUGUGCUGCUCAGACCAAGGAGACCCUGGAGACACUAGUAUGCAAGCAGAAUGAACUUGCAACCCACAUUGAAGAGUUGAGAAAACUCCUACGGGAUGAUGUUGCUGCACAGAAGAAAGCAAGUGUCCAGACCUUGAAGUGAGAAGGAAUCAACGAAGUGAGGAGUUCGGCAACUUAGAUGGUUUCGAGGAAUAGUUCUAUAAUCCCCAUCAGCCUGUUGGAUCCUAUCAUGCAUGUUCAUCAUGUCGACUUCGAAAUGUGGUUUUAUUUCUUGCGUACAGACUGUCAUACUUCUCUGCCAUAUCAUUUCAAAAAAAGUGGUAAUAUCAUGUUACUCAUGUAAUUUAUCUUUAUGUAAUAUUAUUGUGAACAAAUUUCUCAUCUCUUGUGCUUCCU